AUGAUGAAUUCGAAGACGAUGAAGAACAUCAAUUCGGAGGUUUUACCAGAACUGAUUCAGUUGAUAUUCUCGAAACUUUCCUUUGUGAACUUACCCAGUUGCAGGCUCGUUUGUAAAGCAUGGAACAAUCUGGUUUUAACUUGUAACUCCCAUCCUCCCAUCUCAAGUUCCAGCCUCUUUUUUAUCCAUAUUUCUCCGCAGGAUAGCAAUCUCCAAGGCAUAGACAUGGGAGGGAGGAGCAGUGUUGCCUCGUUUAGCUUCCAUUCUAAUUUCCCCUUUGCCAGUAUCUCUAUUAUCGAUUCAUGUAAUGGACUCCUCUGUUGUUAUCUUGUCCAUGAAAGAACCGCAAGGCCACCUCGUGAACCUUUCAUAUURAAUCCCAUGACAAAUGAGUACUUUAAACCUCCCUUCUCGAAUGCAGAUGUUUGGUAUUAUUGUUUCGGAUUUGGGUUUAGUCUUAAGACAAAGCAGUACAAAUUAACAAGACUCUCCUUUGCUUGGGAGAAACAUGCUACCUUGGUGGAGAUUUUCACACUUGGCACAAGUCGCAGCAAAUGGAACCCCGUUGGCUUUCUGCCUCCAGACAUGACAAUGCMAGACGAUGGUGUUUACUUCAAUGGAGGCCUUUAUUGGGUUGCAAAUCAACCAUUUGGCCGUACCAAUGUCAUGUACCGUUUAGAUAUAGAAGAUGAGGAAUUGCUGGAAAUUUCUUUUCCCCAACGUGGCCCGUGGGUGUUGUUGUUGUUUCGUUGGAGUCUUUAA